AACAUAAACGAAGUCGACGCUGAAGUUCUGUCGAGCCUUGUGGAACAAUUAGUUGGUGAACUUCAAAACCGGCGUACCGCUUUAGAUCCUCUUCAGUCGGUCACCAUAUACGUCACUCUUUCGCAUUUGUCCUAUGUACAUUCGGUUUGGGAUAAAUUACAAGAACGUUCCGAGACACAGCAUGAGGCUUUGAGUCAGAAUAUCACAACGGAUUUCCUCCUUCAAAGUCCUUCACUGUAUGAAUCGUUAUUAAAUGCUUUUGUGGACGGACUUCGACGCUGCGACCCAUAUAUUUUAAAAGCUUCAUCUCAAGCGUCGGACACAGAUCGUUCUAUAACUGUUCGCCAGGUCGUCUUGUCGUGCCUAAACGGGCUUGCGCAAAUUCUGCUUCGUCGCACUCCCAAGCCCAAUACGAUCGACCGCCCGGCCGUAGUCCGAGCAUUGUGGCCACAUGUUCUUGCGUUUGGUUGUCAGUAUGGGGCCAACAAACGUUCCGAUCGUACGAUUGUUCAUGAGGCUAUAUCUGGUCCUGACGCGAUUUCGGGAAAUUCAUCGUCAUCCUCUUCUCUACCCACAACGUCGGAUGAAGAAAGUGCGUCAUCUCCUAGCUUUGGACAACCACAGAAGGAAUGGAGCCAAUCUGGUUCUCAACCUUAUUUGGCUAAUUCCAUUUGUGGUAUAAUGCCUAAACCGUGUACGUCCGGCCAAAUGUGUACGUCUUCAUCGGAAGAUGAAGUGAAUCAUUCCGGGUUUCGUUCCGGUACCACAGGGUCACUGGCCAGCGGUUUGCUUUCCGGAUCCCCCGGGACUAACCAAAGCAGAACAUAUCAUCGACGACAUCCGGAUACAAGCGGGUUUCGCAGGAAAGAAACCCGAGAUCCGUCGGGUCGUGCGCAUCCUACCGGGUUUACAAAUCAAGUAAGCACAAAUGACAGUUCAUAUUUUGCUGCAACUACCGAACUAAUAAAGUGA